UCAAACACAGCGGUCUCCCUCGUAUGGCCAGGGUAUCAUGGGCAGUGUCCAUGCUGUUACUGCUGAUGCUCUGCUCUCCAGGGGGGUCUUCGGUCCCCCUCAGGCAUCUGUGUGGUUCCCACCUGGUGGACGCACUCUACUUUGUGUGUGGAGAAAGAGGCUUUUUCUACAAUCCGAGCCGGACCCACAAGCGUGAUGUGGAACAUCUGCUCGGGUUCCUGUCUAAAAGGGCCAGACAGGACCAGCGACUGUGGAGGGCUUUGUCGGGCCGCGACGAGCCUAAAGUGAAGAGAGGGAUCGUGGAACAGUGCUGCCACAAGCCGUGCAGCAUUUACCACCUGGAGGGCUACUGCGACUGACUCGCCACUUCAGGAGCACCACUCAUAGCCUGUAAAAAGGUCCCGAAGUCAAUUUCUGGCCUGAUACUUGCUGGCUAUGUCUUAUCAACUGAAGGAAAUAAAGCUU